AUGCUCGCCCUGGAGGCUGCACAGCUGGACGGGCCACACUUGAGCUGUCUGUACUCAGACGGUGUCUUCUACGACCUGGACACUUGCAAGCACCCCAGCUACCCCAAUGCCGAGGGGGCUCCUGACUCCCUGUGGGGCUGGACCGAGGCCCCGCCCGCCCCAGCCGCCAUGUACGAGGCCUUUGACAACGCAUCAGCUGCUUUUAGCCACCCCCACGGUGUCCCUCUCUGUUAUGGACCCUCCACCUACAGCCCUGCAGGGAGCCUCGACCUGGCCCCCAGCCUGGAGGCCCUGGGACCUGGCCUCCCUGCAUAUCCCUCGGAGGACUUCACUGGCCAGUGGGUUGGGCGUAGGGCCGGGGUCUGAGGGCCCCGCCCCUGACACGCCCACUCCUCAGCCCUGACACGCCCACUCCCCACCCUGACACGCCCACUCCUCAGCCCUGACACGCCCACUCCCCCCCUCGCCCCAGGAGCCCGCAAGAAGCUGCGCCUGUACCAGUUCCUGUUGGGGUUGCUGACCCGCGGCGACAUGCGCGAGUGCGUGUGGUGGGUGGAGCCCGGCGCCGGCGUCUUCCAGUUCUCCUCCAAGCACAAGGAGCUGCUGGCGCGCCGCUGGGGUCAACAGAAGGGCAACCGCAAGCGCAUGACCUACCAGAAGCUAGCGCGCGCCCUGCGCAACUACGCCAAGACCGGCGAGAUUCGCAAGGUCAAGCGCAAGCUCACCUACCAGUUCGACAGUGCGCUGCUGCCGGCCACUCGCCGGGCCUGAG